UGCUCUCCUCUGAUUCCUCUCCCAUUCAGCAAAACUCACCUGACGGACCAGAGGCUCCACUGCAGAAAAAAGACAAACAACCCCGAAGGCUUACGUCACUGCAAGACCGGAACAAACCCACGAUGGUGUCUGCCGGGUUUCAAAUGCUGGGCUCGGCCCUGGGGAUCGUGGGCUGGAUCGGUGCCAUUGUUGUGUGUGCUAUUCCCAUGUGGAAGGUCACUGCUUUCAUUGGCAGCAACAUCGUCACUUCGCAGACCAGCUGGGAAGGUAUUUGGAUGAGCUGUGUGCACCAGAGCACAGGACAGAUGCAGUGUAAGGUCUACGACUCCAUGCUGGCCCUCAGCUCCGACCUACAGGCUGCCAGGGCCCUGACCAUCAUCGCCAUCGUGGUGGGAAUCUUGGCCAUCCUGCUCUCUGUCGCUGGGGGGCAAUGCACCAACUGUGUGGAUGACCCGUCAUCCAAGGCCAAGGUGGGCAUUGCCGCUGGGGUCAUGUUCAUUGCAGCUGGGGUCCUCUGCCUCGUCCCUGUGUGCUGGACGGCCCACACCAUCAUCCGAAACUUCUACAACCCGCUAAUGGUCAGCGCCCAGAAGAGAGAGCUGGCCAUGGCUUCUCAAGGCCUCCAGCUGAUGGGUGUACUGCUGGCCUUCAUCGGCUGGCUGGGGACCAUCAUCACGUGCGCUCUGCCCAUGUGGAGAGUCACUGCAUUCGUCGGUGCCAACAUCGUCACGGCUCAGGUGAUCUGGGAAGGCUUGUGGAUGACCUGCGUGGUGCAGAGCACGGGCCAGAUGCAGUGUAAGGUGUACGACUCCAUGCUGGCCCUGCCGCAAGACCUGCAGGCUGCCAGGGCCAUGGUGAUCAUCUCUGUGAUCGUCGGCAUUUUUGGCGUCCUCAUGGCCGUGGUUGGAGGGAAGUGCACAAACUGCAUGGAGGACGAGGUGGCCAAAGCCAAAGCCUGCAUUGUGUCCGGUGUGGUCUUCAUCAUAGCCGCCAUGCUGAUCAUGAUCCCGGUGUCGUGGUCAGCUCAUGCGGUGAUCAGGGACUUUUAUAACCCGUUGGUGAUCGCGGCUCAGAGGAGGGAGCUCGGAGCUGGCCUUUAUAUCGGCUGGGGCUCUGCUGGGCUGCUGCUGCUGGGGGGGGGCCUGCUGUGCAACAACUGCCCCCCAAAAGACGGGAGACCCUACAUACCUGCCAAGUUCGCCCCUGCAAGAACCGUAGCUUCAAACGUGGACUAUGUGUGAGUGUUUCCGCUGCAGCGGCUGCAGAAGGGGUCCCAAACUAAACUUUCUAACAACCGUGUAUGUGCUUAAAAAUGUUUUUGCUAAUAGCGAAGUGGUAAAAAGGAACUAAAUUACAUUUCACUGUGUUAAAUCUGGAACAAUAAUGAUUUUUUCUAUAACUUCACUGAAUAUUUCACUAAUUAACGUAACACAACAGCCUAAACUUCAUAUAUUGUCAAGAAAAAGCCAGAAUGACUAUACAGCUGAUUCCCAGGUUUGACGAGGAGGAAUUUCUUCAUAAAUAUUAUUUUUCACUGUGUUUUUUAGCUUUAAUGACUUGGCUUGUGACAUUUCUCAGAGCCAAUAUUUGCAUUAUGAAUAAAUUACAAUACCUGCUUUGGCUUUUGAGACUGAUAAACUGAUGCAAUAAAGUGUAAUAUAUACAGACGUGUUCUUUCUAACCCUAACAAUUUGAAUUUACUUUUAAAAAAGCUAUUUUGAUAUGAGACGAUGUUCACUUGAAAUACGUUGUUAUGUUGUUUUUAAUGAUAUACAGAUCACUGCCUGUCUUUGAAAUGUCAGAAAUAAAGAGUCUUUGAAAUGUCAGAAAUAAAGAGUCUUUGAUUCACACCCUUCA